UAGUAAUCAGUCAAGAUGACCAACACAAAGGGGAAGAGGAGGGGGGCACAUUACAUGUUCUCAAGGCCCUUUUGCAAACAUGAUGUUGUCCCUCUUGCCACCUGCAUGCACAUCUAUAAGAAGGGUAAUGUUGUUGACAUUAAGGGCAUGGGCACAGUUCAGAAAGGCAUGCCCCACAAAUGUUACCAUGGCAAGACAGCAAGAGUAUAUAACAUUACUCAGCAUGCUGUGGGCAUUAUUGUGAACAAGAGAGUUAAGGGCAAGAUUCUUGCCAAGAGAAUUAAUGUGCGAAUUGAGCAUAUCAAGCACUCUAAGAGCAGAGAAAGCUUCUUGCAGCGUGUUAAAGUAAACGAAAGAAAGCAAAGGAAAAGGGCACUUGGUUUGAAUGAAAACCAGCCUGCUCCUCCAAGAGAAGCCCACUUUGUGACAAACAAUGGCAAAGAGCCACAGGUGCUGGAACCAAUUCCAUAUGAGUUCAUGGCAUAGUGUAUAUGAACAGAAUAAAAUCUCAUG